AUGCUGAUCGCGUUGCGUCUGAAGGGUCAAGAGGAGGAGGGGAUGUUACCCGGGGAGGAGCGGUACCAGUGCAGCAAGGAGAGCGAGUGGGUGGGAUUUGUCGCCGAUCUCAGCAUGCUACAACAUCAGCUCCGCGGAACCGUCGAGAUUUUAGAUGAUUGUUCGUUUAAAGUGACGCGGUUUGACAUGCUGCCAGGGAAGGACGUGUACUGGUGGGGAGCAGCGUCCGCGUCCCUUAACGACCUGCUGCACGGCUUCCCCGUCUCCCCCAAGCCCCUCCUCGGCACCUUCAACAGCCAGACAGUCGUGGUGCCCUCCUCCCCUCAGCCGUCCAAACCCCUCACUCCCGGCCUAGAUACCCUUUCCCCCGGUCACGCCCUCCCUUCAGAGCCCUCAUACGCACUUCCUCCCCAGUCCCCACCUUUGCCGUCACCCCCGCCGCCUGCUAAGCUGAGGGUGAAGCAGGGGCAGAGGCAGCCUACGAUGUUUGACAACUGUAUGCAGCUGAGUCACCGGUAUAGGGUGCGGUGGACGCUGGAUGAGGCGAGAGGGUUCGUUGAUGUGGGGUUGGAAGCGGUUGUGGGGAGUGGGCCGCAUUACCUGGGGUUUGGCUGGGCGGAUCCGGACAGCGUGACCAAGUUUAUGGGGUUUUCUGAUGUGGUGAUUGCAGGAUUCGAUGAAGUGGCAAAACCGUUUGUGGAAGAUUACUAUAUCACAUCAUACGGAGAAUGCAAUCUGGAAAAAAAACCACCAGAGGGAGUGUGCCCCGACCAGCUUAUGGGCGGUGGCAACUCGUCUCUCAACAACGUGGAUCUGAUCUACGGGCACCGCGUGGACGGCAUCACUUUCGUCCGCUUCCGCCGCCCGCUCGUGAGCCCGGACAAAAGAUUUGAUCACGAUAUCGACGCAGAGGACGAGAUGAACGUGAUCUGGGCGCUUGCGUCGACCAAAAGCUUCUAUGUGAACGGGCACGAGGCACCGGAAAUCAAGGUGGAGAGGGGAGUUCCGGUGCAGUUUUCGAUUCAAGCCGGGCAUGAUCUGGGGGUGUAUAUCACAUCGGAUCCGGUGGGCGGGCGGUUUAACAAGUCGGAGAUUAUAUAUGCGGGCGGCGAGGAGGCUCAUGGCGUGCCGGCUGAUCCGUAUACCCUGCUGUGGAAGCCCACUAGCUCUACCCCUGACUUGGUGUAUUAUCAGUGCUACUCGGAGCCCAAGAUGGGGUGGCGAAUCCACGUGGUGGACGGGGGUUUAUCAGACAUGUACAACCACAGCUUCCAGCUCGCCGACGGGCUCGUCACCAUGUUCUGGACGCUCACCGCCUCCUCCAUUUCUGUUGCGGUUAGGGGGGAGCACCCAUCGGGUUACAUCGCCAUCGCCUUUGGGAGCGGCAUGGUGAACUCGUGGGCGUAUGUGGGGUGGGUGGAGGGCGGGGAGGGGCGGGUGGCGUCUUACUGGAUUGACGGCAAGGACGCUAGUAGCGUGCAUGCCACCAAGGAGGCACUAGACAUGACCAAGUGCAUGCAGGUGGAUGGGGUGCUGACGUUUGAGUUCAGCCGUCCGCUCAAGCCGCCCGAUUCCGACUGCGAUGACAAGUGCAGCGUGAUCGACCCCUCAGAGCCCCUCAAAGUCAUCUGGGCCUACGGGCCCUCGUGGACCUCAGGCAAGCUGUCCUACAUGAACAUGCACACGGUAUGGAGCACCACUGUCACCAUCCUUGACUUGGAAACAGGAGAGGGCACGGUGGAGCAUCUGCAGCCGGUGUUUGUGGUGCAUGGCUUCAUGAUGACCAUGGCGUGGGCUGUGCUCAUGCCCUUUGGGGUGCUGGCGGCAAGAUACCUCAAGCACAACGACUGGCUCUCCAUCCACCAGUACACACAGUACAGUGCCCUCGCUCUCAUGCUGCUCGGGCUGCUCUUCGCCGUUGGUGAACUUGGAGGCAUCGAACUAACGUCCAAUCAUGCCAAGAUAGGAAUGGCAACAUUCGCCCUGGGCUGCUUUCAGCCAAUCAAUGCAUUCUUCCGCCCGCCCAAGCCAUCGCCUGGAGAGAGGCCCCAAAUGAAACGGGUCAUCUGGCAGUGGGUGCACAUUCUAUUCGGCCGGGGGGCGCUGCUGGUGGGAGGGGUGGCGCUGUUGACGGGGAUAAUGGAGCUGGGGGAGACGGGCGGAGAUGACUACACGGUGGACGGGUUCCUGUGGGCCAUGGUGGGGUGGUUCGCCACCAUUGCUGCCUUCGUGUGGUUUGUGGAGCGCACAAGAAGACAGGACCAUGCCACGCCACAGGAGUUGGCCAACAUGAUUCGGCAUGACUGGAACGGGUCGUCACCAGCAUCAUCCGACAUGCAUGUGACCCAACUAGACAGUGAAGACAGCGAAGACGACACGCGCACUCUCAUCCCCUCCACCCACCGCUCCUCCUCCUCUUCUUCCUCCACUGCUGCCGCACCUGCCCACACAUAUAAUUCUCCUCAUACUGCCCGGCAUGGACCGUCCGCCUCCCCUGCACGGGGUAAUUCUUCUGGUUCACCUGCCCGGCUGGGGCCUACUGGUUCUUCACCUGCCCGGCUGGGGCCUACUGGUUCUUCACCUGCCCGGAUGGGAAAUUCUGGUGCUGACGUGGAGGAAUGGAGCAAGGCGGCGCGGCUGGUCCGGCAAGAGCAGCUGGAAGGCCAAGCUCUGGACGCGCUUCAGAAGACCAUCGAUUCCUUCGAGCGACCCACGUUCCCGUGCGCGCUAAUCGCUGGCGACGUGGUGAUCCUCCACCUGCUGCACCGGCUCGGCGCGCUGGGCGACAAUCCCAAGGUGAAGGUUGUGUUCAUCGACACCUUCCACCUCUUCCCGGAGACGUACCAGUUCCUCAAGGACUGCGAGGAGCGGUUCGGCUUCAAGGCGGAGGUGUUUCAAGCGGCGGGGCUUAACUCCAAGGAGGACUAUGUCAAAAAGCAUGGCUCCGACCUCUUCAUUCGGGACAUCGACGAGUACGAUCAGAUCUGCAAGGUGGAGCCCUUCAGCCGCGCGCUGACGACGCUCAAUGUGGACGCCAUGAUCAAUGGGCGGCGCAGAGACCACGGCGCUGAGCGGGCGCACCUCGAGCUAUUUGAGGACGGCACACCAGUGAAGGUGCAGCCCCUCGCCUACUGGGAGUUCAGGGAUUGCUUUGAUUAUUUGGAGAGGCACAAGGUGCCAGCUCACCCUCUUCACGCGGAUGGUUUUCCGUCGAUUGGCGACAUACAGACCACCUUGCCUGUUCCGCGCGCCAAAUGGUUUGAGUAUGGUGGAGAGCGGUCGGGGCGGUUCCAGGGGCUGAAGAACAGAGACGGGUCGGACAAGACAGAGUGUGGCAUUCACGUGGAGGAGGCUGUGGCGUCCUCCCUCACUCCCCCUUCCUCCUCCCUCACACCACCUUCCUCCUCACUCACUCCUCCUUCCUCCUCACUCACCCCGCCUUCAUCCUCCCUCACCCCUCCAUGA